AUGUCAUUCCCAUCGUCUAUUAAAGUCACUUCUUUGCCUGUGACAAAUAUAAUAGAUGUUACCACAAAUGAGAAAGGUGAUCAAACGGCCAUAGGUGUGGAAGGCAGACUUCUAAAUACUCUGGCAGCAGCUCUAAAUUUCAGCUACGAGUUUCUGAUUCCUUCUGAUUUUAAGCUUGGCCUUCCUGAUGAAAAUGGUAAUUGGUCAGGACUCAUGGGACUGCUGCAGAGGGGUGAAGCUGAUAUUGGAGUAGGGGGAUUAGGUAUGUUAAAUGACAGACUGCAAGUUGUAGAUUUCAGCCAAAGCUAUAUGAUUCAAAGGAUAGUGUUCCUUCUUGAGAAACCUGGAUCUCUGCCAGCAUCAUCUCAGAUCAAAUUAUUCCUCCAAUUUUUCGGAAGUGUGUUGCGCCAGUCAUUGGAUUUGAAAAGACGGUCAUUAACAUCCAGAUUUCUGGUUGCAUCUUGGUUGAUAUUUGGUUUUAUAAUUUCAUCUAGUUAUUCUGCCUGUUUGCUAUCAUAUCUGUCUUUGCCAUUACAAGGUAAACCAAUUACUACAUUUGUUGAUCUUGCUCAAGCAGUGAAAGCGGGGACCCAUAGAUGUCUUAUGCUGAAUGGUGCCCCGUCAGUCCUAUUCCUCACCAAUGCUGAAAAUGAAGAUUUGAAGUAUCUUGGGAACAGAAUAAUGAAAGAUAGAUGGUAUUACGAGGCUUACGAAAUCAUGGAUCCUGAAAUAGUAGCUAGUAGAACAGCUGUAGUGAAUACUGAAUUUAAUCUGCAACUACUGUUAGGAAAGUUGCCUCCAAAUGCCUAUCUCUUAUCGGAAGAUGCACUAAUUUCAUUUAAAUUCGGAUUUGCCCUUAGAAAAGGUUUCUGUUGUGGGAAAAGAUUGAAUACUAUGUUAUCUUGGGUUCUAUCUGCAGGAUUAAUUCAGAAAUAUCAAAGCGAUGAAUGGUGGAAAAUACGUAUAACUGCGAGUAAAAAAUUUCCUGUAAAGACAUCUGAUGUCCAACAGUUGCAACUGAAAGAUUUGAUUGGCGUUUUCUUAAUUUUAGUUGUUGGCCAUUUUCUUUCAUUUGUAGCUCUUUUAGCUGAAAUUAUGCAUUUCCAAAUAAGAAAGUAA